AAACUUAAAAGGCAUUUUAGCCCCUUUAUUACUAACUGAUAAUAGAUGAUCGAGGUGAGGGUAAUGAAGGGGUUAAACAAUUAGUUAUUUGUGUAUGGGCAAAUGGUUAAGGAGGAGAUGGUCUCACCAACUGAAUUCAUAGCCUUUUGUUGACACAUCAAAGGCUGCUUUCAUCCUACCUCUGCACAGAGUUUUAGCUAAUUUCUAACUGAAUACUUGAGAAGGGUUUAAUCUGGCAAGAAACACCUCUUAAUCAGGCAGUCAGAGACUUAGUGGAGCCACUUUAACUUACACUUCUGCUUGUUUGGGAAGUUUUCCACCCUGCUAUUGUUUUCCAUGUGGUUUAUGGCCAAGAAAGAAGAUGAGUCUUAAAUUUUUUGUUGUUUUUAUGGCAGCUGUGGCUUUGUUUUUAAUAACUUAUGAUGUUAUUGGAUCACAUACACCGAUACAAGAGAGUUUGUUUUUAAAAUCAUUAGGUCUGUCCCAGAGACCAAGGCCUAGGGCUCAUGCCCCGGUGCCUUCCUUGAUUUGGAAGAUCUUUACUAAGAAGACAACUGCUGUUGCCCAAGGCCAGCUGCACAACUCAUGCUGGAUUGAGGAGUUUAAUGUUUCUGGAAACAUUAUUCGUGUUUUCCCAGAUCAAGGUUAUUUUAUUCACAACCAGAAGCAAGAAAGCCAAAACUGCAUUGAAAAGCAUCUGUAUUUUAAUUUUUCUGUACUGGAGGAACAUGAACUACUUACAAUGGCUCAGUUAGAAAUAAGGUUUCAACACAGUUAUUACCAUCUUCCUGCACCUGACCGGAUCUACAAUGUGAACAUUUACAAAGUGCUGAAGAUGAAUUUAAAAGGGUAUCCUGCUCCUGAGUCUGAUAAAAAGAUUGUCAUUGCACAGAGUUUCAAGCUGCUGCAUAACUCUCUGCUCUUUAAUUUAACAGACACCGCCGAGACAUGGAGGAAUCAUAGUAACAACAUGGGGCUUAUUUUGCAGAUUACACCAAGCUCCGAUCGCUAUGAUGGAAAUGCAAUUCCUCUAAAAGAUGACUUCAGUCAUUGUGACGUAAUUAGCUCCCUUCACACCUCCAUGCUUGUGGUAUCUUUAAAUCCUCAGCAAUGCAGAUCUAGAAUUAAACGAAAUGCAUUAUACCUUCCUGUGACCCCAAGUAAUGUCUGCAGAAGAAAAAGGCUUUACAUUGAUUUUGGAGAUGUUGGUUGGCAGGACUGGAUUAUUGCUCCUCAAGGUUACAUGGCUAACUUUUGUCAAGGAGAAUGUCCAUUUCCUUUAAGUGAAAGUUUAAAUGGAACAAACCAUGCCAUCCUGCAAACUUUAGUUCAUUCAUUUGACCCAUCAGGGGCACCCCAACCUUGCUGUGUUCCUAUUAAAUUAUCCCCUAUUUCAAUGCUUUAUUAUGACAACAAUGACAACGUAGUUCUGCGACAUUAUGAAGAUAUGGUAGUAGAUGAGUGUGGCUGCCGAUAAUUUAACAUGCCUGUUCUGUUAAACUGAAUGUGAUAUGCUUUUUAAUAUAAGAAAAACUCAUUACUGUUACCAUUUUUUUUUGCCUAGGAAAUUUAUAUUCUCUGAAUAAUAAAGAAUACUAGAGUGAGGGUGAACAAACUGAUCAUGGCCAAUUUGUAACUUAACUUCAAUGGAUAAACAUUUUAAAAAGCAACUACGUUUUGAUUUUAAUAAAGACAUGCAGUAUUUCA